AGUAGAUGUCCUGAAGUACCCUGCUGCAGUCCCAAGUCUGGUUUCAUCAUUGGCACAGCAGAGGAGGUACUCCAUUUUGUGGAGUAUUUCUCUUUGAUCUCAAACAACAUCUCUCCUUUCUUCGUUAAUUGAUCCAAUGGAAGCCUAUAUUUUUUCGAUAGCUAAAGUGGUAUUCACUCUAUAUGUUGUUAUGGUUGUGAUUGCCAUUGCCAUGUCUCUCAUUAAUUCCCUGUUUCAAUUGUUGAAGAAGAUGAUUAUUAAGAUGAGAGAGGUGUACAACAAGAUUAUUGCUGCGCUUACCUUCAGUGCAGCCAAGGAUGGAAACGAUCGCAAGGACGACUCUCCAUCAUCAUUGUCAUCAUCAGCAUUAGAUAUGAACAUGAGAGAAGCAGUGGCAGCCAUGGAAGACCUUCUCUGCUACCGCUUCAAGAACAAGACUCUCUUACAAGAGGCCUUGACCCACUCCUCCUACGCCGACUCAUCCCCCUCCUACCAGCGCCUAGAGUUCCUGGGCGGCUCCGCUCUCCACUUCGCGCUGGCCGAGUACGUGUUCGGAGCCUAUCCUGGACUCGGCCCUGCUCAACUCUCGGCCCUCCGAGAAGCCAACAUCAGGACCGAGAAACUCGCCCGCGUAGCCGUCCGCCACAAACUCCACCGCUACGUCCGUCACAGGGACCCUUCUCUUGAUGCCAAGGUUGGAGAGUUUGUCCAAGCAGUUAAAGAUGAAGACGGCGCCAUUACCAAUAGUGGAUUGAUUGAAGCACCUAAGAUAUUGGCUGACAUUGUUGAAUCCAUUGCUGCAUCUGUUUACCUCGACUGUAAUCAUGACCUCAAAGCUCUAUGGGAGGUUUUUAAGAGGCUUAUGGAGCCAAUUGUAACCCUUGGAACCUUACAAGAGCAUACACAGCCGACGACCAUUCGGUCUGAACCAAUGAAGUUGAAGAUGAGGGAAGGGAACGAGAUGGACUCACCAUCAUCAUUAUCAUCCAUGGCAGUAGCAAUGGCAACAGUGGAUAUGAAAAUGAGAGAAGAGUUGGCACCUGUGGAACGCCUCCCCUGCUACCGAUUCAGGGACAAGACUCUCCUACAGGAGGCCUUGACCCACUCUUCCUAUAUCGAUUCCCCUUCUUACCAGCGCCUAGAGUUCGUGGGCGAUGCCGUUCCUGGCCUCGCGGUUGCCGAGUACGUCUUCCGUUCCUACCGUGAACUCGUCCCUGGUAAACUCUCUCUUCUCCGUGAAGCCAAUGUCAGGACAGAGAACCUCGCCCGUGUCGCCGUCCGCCGCGAGCUCUACCGCUAUGUCCGUUACAAGGACAAUUCUCUUGAUCACAAUGUUAAGAAGUUCGUCCUUGCGGUUCAAGAUGAAGAUCAAGAUGAAGAUCGCUCCGUUAACAACUGUGGAUCUAUUAAAGCACCUAAGAUUUUGGCCGACAUUGUUGAAUCCAUUGCCGCAGCGGUUUACAUCGACUGUAAUUAUAACCUCAAAGCUACAUGGCAGGUUUUUAAGAGUUUUAUGGAGCCAAUAGAAACCCUUGAAACCUUACACAAGCAUUCACAACCGACAACCAUACUGAAUGAGUUGUGCCAGAAGCAGGGCAAGAAAGUUGACUAUGAGUAUUCUGAGAUCACGACAUUGUCCAUCCCCAAGUUUUCCGCUUUUGUUAUCGUGGAUGACAAAUUAAUUGGCUCUGGUUCUUGGGAGCAAACAAAGAAGAAUGCAAGAUUUAGUGCGGCAAAAGAAGCAUUGCAGAAGCUGCUGUGGGAAUUUGACCAUUUGGAGACGGAGACAAUUCCCACCAUUUGGAGACGGAGACUGAAGAUGGACAUGGAUCUGACGAGAUUAAGUGGGCUAAGCAGAAGUAUAUGGAUCAGGAUUGGAAAGGUUAGGAUUGGGGAUCAGUCAAGAAUCGUGAGAGAGAUUGGUCCUCCCCACAAGAGGAGAUUUAUGUGUUCAGCUGAAGUAGAUACUAAUGAUGAUACAUACACUAUAACCGGAGAAAUAAAGUCAAGGGCAAAGGAUGCAGAGCGCUCAGCAGCUUUUAAGUUGCUUCAAAUGCUUCAAGAAGAAGAGGGACAGGCGUCAACACCCACUUGUGAUCUUGAACCUGCGUGCAGAGUAUCCAUAUACUUGUAUACCGCCAUUUUUAUUUGUUUCUCCCCGUAUGCGAUUCCUUCUCUGCUUGGAAAUGACGCAGUGGAGGUCCUGAAGGACGCUGCAGCAGUUCCAACUCUGGUUUUCUUCAUUGACACGGCAGAGGUGGUCCUUCAUUUUUUGGAGUAUUUCCCCUUUGAUCCGAUGGAAGCGUCUACUUAUGACACAGUUAUAGCGUUAUUCGCUCUAUAUGCUGUGAAUUACAGUGUCUUAUUUCUCAUCAAGUCUCUGUUUCGAUUGUUGAUGAAGAUUUCAUCAUCGUUUUCAUCAUUCAAGGCAGUAGCAUUGGACGAGGACAUGAGAGAAAAAGUGAAAGCCAUGGAAGACAUCCUCCACUACAGCUUCAAGAACAAAACUCUCCUACAAGAGGCCUUGACCCACUCCUCCUAUACCAACUCCCCCUCCUUCGAGCGCCUAGAGUUCCUGGGCGAUGCCGUUCUUCGCCUCGCCGUGGUUGAGCACAUCUACAAAGAAUAUCCUGAACUCGACCCUGGUAAACUCUCUCCCCUCCUUGAUGACAACAUCAGUAACCGCAAAUUCGCCCACGUAGCCGACCGCCACAACCUCUACAGCAGCGUCCGUCACGACGACCCUUCUAAAACUCUUGAUCCCAUGGUUAACAACUUCAAACUAGCAAUUCAAGAUGGAGACAGCGAUGGAUCGGCUAAAGGGCCUGCUAUUUUGGCUGACAUUGUUGAAUCAAUUGCCGGAGCUGUUUAUGUGGAUUGCAACUAUGACCUCAAAACUCUAUGGAGGGUUUUUGAGAAGCUUAUUGGGCCAAUUGAAAGACCAGAUGUUGAACGAGAUCUGUCGCAAGCAGAGGGGGAUCCUCUGUCGCGCAACAGGCCGUGUGGUGCGGAUCCAAGGUGCUCCCAGCUUGGAUGGGAGCACCUUAGGUUGCACAUUCAUGCCUUAGGCGGCUGCGUGUUUGAAGGCUUCCAGCCUUUGAACGCGCAACAGAGGAGCUCGACACCACAACUUUGUUUCUACUUAGAUUGCUUACAGUGAUGACUUCUUGUGAUGGAAGAAAGUACACAAACAUCAUAUAGGCAUUUUGUUGUGUAACCAAAGUGAUCUGUAAGUUUAUAAAUAUUAUUCUAGCUAUGUUUGUAUGAAUUUAGAUAUAUGGAAGUAGAGUUGAUAGAUUCUGUUCCUA